AAAGCCUUUUGAGAUAGAACUAGUAUUAGAGAAUGAAGGUGUUUGUAGCUUUCGCAACUCUCCUAGUUUUUCUGGUCCUUAAACCUACAGCUUCCGAGCCUGCGCCACCCUCAGGUGAUGAUACAAUUUCGAAACCACCAAAGCCAAUAGGUAUAGCUUCAAAUCCACCAACCAAAACCGAUACAAGCUUAGGUUCUCCAAGGUUUGUUGUAGCUUCAAAUCCACCAACUAAAACUGUUACUCCAAGAUUUGUUGUAGCUUCAAAUCCACCAACUAAAACUGAUACAAGCUCAGGUUCUCCAAGGUUUGUUGUAGUUUCAAAUCCACCAACUAAAACUGUUACAAGCUCAGGUUCUUCAAGGUUUGUUGUAGCUUCAAAUCCACCAACUAAAACUGUUACAAGCUCAGGUUCUCCAAGAUUUGUUGUAGCUUCAAAUCCACCAACUAAAACUGUUACAAGCUCAUAAACACCUAAAUCAAGAUUAUUUUUGUAGGUUCUGAUUACAAUUUCUUGUUAAGGCAAAGAGGGAAAUAAAUUAGUAAACAAUGAUAUUUUGACAGUUAAUUUCUUCAAAAAUAACUUGUUGACAAUAUAUAUGAAAUAAACGUUUGAUGUUGCAAAUAACAACUAUUAAAUA